CAGCCCGCCUUCCCAACCCAAGCAGAGAAAAUUUCCAUUCCCAAAUCAAUGGCGCCAACUUCUGGCGCCAAAUCCUGCCGCCAUGAUUCCCCGCGCGCCACCUACUUCCCCUCUGUUUAUAACCCAAACCAAAAUAGCAACAACACAUCAACCUACUAAUCAAAGGAUAUAGAUCCCAACUCUCUCUCUCACCAUCUGCUUGUUACAAUUCCCCAAAGGAACCAAAAAUCAUGGUAGUCCCUUUAGGUCCCGGGAAGUUCUAUGGCAGUAGCCUCCCACGUCCUCGAAUCUACACCGACGUUAAGUUCAACUCAGAUCGGGUAGACCCACCUGUGCCUGUCACGGACCCAUUUCUUUCUUGGGCUCAGGAGGCUCAUUGGUCAAUGGGUGGUCAUAGCUUCCAGCGUCUCCGUCUGCAGGGCAGAAUCGAAGGCAGCGUUAACAAACUCCGGAAGUUCCGAGAAAAAGAAGCAAAAUUGCAAGCAAGAAAUAGUCCCGCAUCGCCACCCCCGGCUCCUAAGGUGAUAAAGAGAAGGAGAUUUAUGGAUUUGAUGGAUGAGGAGAGUGAAGAAGAAGAAGAGGAGGAGAUUGUGGAGAAGGUGAAAAAGAAGAAGUCAGUAAGGAAGUUAGUUGGGGAUUUUGAAAAGGUGGCAACGGAGAGUGUGGAGAAUAAGGGGAAGGCCAGUGGUGGUAUUGAUGAUGCGGUGAUGAAGGUUGUUGAGGAAGUGAAUAGGGAGAAUUCCGUUGGGAAGAAAUUGAGGAGGGGAAAAAAAGGGAAAAGUAAUAAGGAGAAUGGAUCUAGUCCUGUUAAUGGAGUCAGGACUUCACCAAGAUUGGCUAAGCAAAGGUCAAGUCAUUAGAUCUUUGAAUUAUAUGUCGAUUGUGUGACAUUUGAUGUGUGUCAGUGUUCAUCUUGGCAAAGCCAUUAAGUUAAGUGUAGGGCUUUUCUUUUGUUUUGUUUUCUUUUUCUUUAAUAUCAGGAGUGCAAGGGUUUCAUUUCUCUUGAAUGUAUAUUUCCUAGUUUAUUAAGAAUCUUUACUUAAACUCA